GAUUUAUCUUUUUUCUUUUCUCACUGACUCAUGAACUACCCCUCCUAGCGUAACACACGCAUCCUGUCUUGUCGCUCCCUCGUGAUUUUUUACUAAAUCGCGGCUACGCUACUUGGGUGUGUGAAACAACCCAUGUUAUAUAUUUGCACUGAUGCAAACACUUCCAUUUAUAUUAAAUUAAUAGUUUUCAUCGGGCGUUUAGCACCGGUUGUAUAUUUUCAACUUUUCUUCCCGAUUUGGGUUCCACUAUUUACUAUUCGAUAGAUUAGCUUCUAAUGGGUUUAUAUAUGCAAUAGAUUCCCAGCAGAAUAUCACUAGGAACCGUCAAAUUAAGUAAUUACAUUUUUGCUGAAGAUAUUCGGAUACAUUGAAAUAUAUCCAUUAUUUACUGAAGUUCUAUUUUGUUAUUGUAAUUUAUCUGUCUUUUCAAAUAUUUUUUUCUCCCUUGCAGAGCAAUACCUGCGAUUGUUUUAUGGUUUCAGCGAUUUGGUUUCUCUAUUAAUCAAUUUGGACAGAUUACAAGUUGCUAAAUUUACAUUCUUCAAUUUACAAUAGCACACACAGGCGUCAGGUCGAAAUCACGAAUCCGCCUGAAACCCCUUUCGACUAGCAAAUGUGUAACGUCUGUUCUGACCUGAGCUUACCGCUAGCGUAUUAUAGAAUUAGUCUGAGAUCACUGCAGUUGCUCUAAUUGGUCCAAAAGAAAGCGACAGCCGUCUAUUUUGGAAACCUUGCCUUGAGGUUUGAUAUGGCUUGGAGAGCUCCUGCUAUGGUGGUAUUAGUGCGAAAACACGGCUAAAUUAUGUACUUAUAUUUCACUACUUUUUCUUCUCGUCAGCAGUAGCAUACUCUGAAAGCGUAUUCUGAAGCAUAUACUACUGGGAGCAGCUAAGGUACUACACUUACAUGGGUUGGAUACUACGGCGGUACGAGGCCGGAGGCUGGUAUUCUAGACCGCAGGCCUCAGACCUCAGACCCCAUCUGUCUACAUAUUCCCUAACGUGAUUGCAUUAAGCGUAUAGAGCUGUUAAGCCCGAGCGCAUGAUUUUGAUUUAAUAUAGUAUUCGAACAUACAUAUGUACCUAUGAGCAUAUAAGGUUGUUAUCUAGACGGUCUGCUGGAAGAUCGGCCAUCAAAUAUCCCUCUUGUUUGUUUUCGGUGAAUUCUCGGCGAUGUGUAGCUCUGAUCCAACCUCGGCUUAUUUUAGCAAUCUUCUAACGAAACAGAAAGUAGUAUUAUUCAACAUUGUGAUAAUAUUAUCACUUGUACGGUGGAAGUAGUAUGACUUUAUUGUCUCGAAAAGUGCGUGGAAUUCUUUCACUGAAUUGUCGUGCGAAAACUGUGCGCCGACUUCCCCAUCUUGCCUCAAUGAUUUAUUUCCAUCUUAAUUGAUUGUGAUUUGUGUACGCCUCAAGCUUAUCCGGUUUUCGAGUUUCAUUUUCUCAUAACUUAUUUUGAGGUUCACGGGAUGCAUGCGCGCGGUCCAAGUGAGUUUGAAACGAAAGUGAGAUCAAAGUGUUUGUUCUAACUCCUCUAAAGUGAUGUGCCCCUUAGUGGUUCGAUAUGAUAUCCUUGAAGUGGAGAAAAGUGCUGGUUACUUUAUGGUUUCUCCCGUAAUAAAAGGUUGAAGAUAAUAUUGCGUAUACGAUUUCUCGGCCGAUUCUGCAGGAUAAAGUAUAAAAUUUUCAAAAUUGGGCCGAGAAAAGAUCUAACCAAAAUUCAUACCAAAUGGCGAGAAUUCGAUCUUGUAGAGAAAUUAGUUUCACUUACGCUGUUAUGUAUGUGUAGGGGAGAGUGAGGUGUACUUUCACAACAUCGUUCAGCAUGACUUGAACAGUCGUCUUUUCACUUGGAGACAUGUCUCUCAAGCCUCUCGUAAAUGUGCGAAUAAGUGUAGGAGCUGGCCAUCCGUAGGAAAACAGGCUCGACGAAAGACAUUCAACGCGCUCCGAGGAAGAUGUAUUCUCGCAAUUUGAUGAUCUCGGUGGUGCUGAUUCUUGCAUUGGUUCCUUUGAUAGCAACCCUGCCACGUCAUAGUCUUUCAAAACGGACUCCAUUUUUCGAAAUAGGAUGUAAGGGCUCAUACAAUAGUUCAUUAUUUUCAAAACUAGAUCGAAUUUGUGAUGACUGUUACAAUUUAUUCCGUGAAGUCGAACUGCUACGCUUGUGCAAGCACCAGUGUUUCAAAACGGACUAUUUUAAAGGAUGUGUUGAUUCACUUCAGCUCGGUGACGAAAUAGAAAGUCUUAAGUUAUAUAUAAAAGCAUUAAAUGGUGCAACACCACCAUCAUAAUCACUUCACUAUAAAAUAUAUGAAAGUAGAUUUUAAAAUUAAGAAAUGAACAAUUUUUUCUAAACAUUAUUUAUUAUAUUUCUGUUGCAUAAACUAUUUCACCUACCAAGUGAAUUAUUUAAGUAGCGUUUUAAAAUAAUUAGCAAUUGAAAAAGAAAACAAAAAAAAACAAAGGAAAACAAGUUGAUAUUUUUGUUUUUAUAAACUGAUGACUUUGGCAACUUUUUUACUUUAUCUUUGACACUGUUGGUGUUAUUUUUCAAGUAGCGACUUUCGCACAAUACAACUGUUGAUAUUUUUUAAGUAAUUUAUUAUUUGAUAUUAAAUGAAUCCUAAUAUGAUAGAUUACUCUGCCUAUUGAUAAAAGAACAUGUGAAGAUAUUCAUUUUUGUGGAAAUAGUACAAAAACUUCGUCACCGGAAAAGGCUGAAGUGCACACAAUUUCAAGGCUUCCCAGCAAUUACGAUCGUUGAACCGCACCCAGUCAACAAACAACAGUGCCCUUAAUUGACAUUUUUUUAUGUUAUGAAGUGAUUGCUUCGCAACAGACUAUUUCGCUGCUUGCGUUGAAGCACUUUUGUUGCAGGAGGAGAUGGAGAAAUACGACAGUUGGCGUGACAUUUUGGGCAAAAAAUGAAUCAAAUCUACAACGAGCAUCAUUUUUUGAAAUUUCAAUAUAAUUACAAGAUUGAAACUUUGAAUAAACUUCCUACAAAUACAUCAAAUAUCAUAAUUAUGUACAUAAUUGUUAUAUAGUAUAAAAUAAAAAAGAUUGCUUUAAAAUAUAUUCAAAAUAUCCUUAAAAAGCAAGAAAUAAUGCAACUUAAAUAUGUAGAUAUAACAGUAAAGUCAAAAACAGAACCGCAUCACCAUUAGAACAAAACGUAUGGAAAUUGGAUUUUAUUUGUAAUCGUCACAUGUUAGGGUGAGAAUGCAAGGUUUAAGUAAUCCUUAAUUAGUUUUACUUUAUAUUUAUAUAUUUCAUAAUUUCAACUGUACAUUUUUAUUAGUAUCCUUAGUUAUUUUAUUACAACGCUGUAUUUAUAUCUUCAUAAAAAUCGAAUGAUGUGCAUUUAAAAGCCCACGAAUUGUAAGCGCAGCUUACAUGUCAAGUAUCAUACGAUAGUAUUCUGCUCCAAUAAUUGUAUUUUAUUUCAAAUACUGAAUUUUAUUUAAGAAGUAUAAUGUUUUUAUUAUUCUUACGAUUUCUACUUAUUUAAUAAUUUUAUUGCAAAAAACAUAACUAUUUCUAUGUUUGUAAAUAUUGAAUGAUUUCUUGUAUUAUUUUGGGAUCUAGUCGUUAAAUUUUAAUUUAGAAUCAAAGCGAUAAACACUUGAAAGUAAAUAGGAAAAUAGGUUCAGUUGGUCUUACAUGGUAACCUCCGAUUUGCGCUAAAAAUCUGAGCACUCUUUACGCUCAGUUGAAAACUGUUUAAAGAAUCAGCAAUUGCUUUCAGUUUUUAUUGUUCGACAUCAGAAAAAAAUUUCCUAUCAUUUGAUAUAUGUCAUAUAUUCAAAAGAUUAAAUCAAUGAAGAACAUUCCUUUUAAAAAUAGAAUACUGUGUUAAGCUAUUAGUUGAAAAAUAUAUAAUUUUCCAAAAAACAUGCUCUAAGAAUAUUUUGGCAAUUACACCCAACAAAUUGAUAUUUAUAAAAAAUUUGGCCUAAUUUGCUUCAAACGGUUGCUCCCUCGCUACAAAGUCAAAAGCAUCUUUAACUUUGCUUAUGUUAAUUGAUUUUUUUAGAUUUUUCGAGUUGCAUUUUUCUUACCCUCAUUUUAGUAAAACAAAUGAAACAAGAGAGAAUGCAUCUUUGUGGCUUGUUCGUAUUAUUAGUAUGUUGAAACGAAAUGCAAUAUAAGAGGAAAAACUAAACGAAAAAGAAACGAAUCACGAACAUACAAAUAGAAACAGGUAUUGGUUUUUUGACAUAAAUUUAUUUUGCGUGUACAUAUUUCUGUUUAUAUUAAUACGGGGAAAUAUUAAAUAAAAGAUAUAUAUAUGAGCAUUGAAAA